AUGGAGACCAACCUGAGGCUGCAGUGUCCCAGUCCACCACCAGACUUUGUUCGGGAUGGGGACUUGAACCUGAGACCCUCCGGUUCCCAACCCGGGGACCCCCUACGGAUGGAGCGCCUGUGGCGUAUCUCUGUGUAUUUCCACCGUCUCUCAGGUGGGCGUUACCUUUCGGUCCCAGAGCUGAAGGCGGGACAAAGGAGCAUCCGCGGAGCUCGACUGGCCGUCCAAAUAGUCCCGCCCUGGAGCCACGGUGACCUGUGUUUCUCCUUCUCCCAUUGGCUGACGGGACAUCACGUGGGCGUGUUGCAGCUGUUUGUGCGGGAAACAGGAAGACACAGAAGGUACAGCUCCGCCCUCUGGAGCCGGACCGGUGGACACGGAUGGAGACACACACAAGUUACCUUGGCAACGCACUCUGUGGACAAGGUGUUGUUGAAGGCCGAGCGGUGGACAGGACUGAUGGCCGUUGAUGAUGUCACACUGAGACGGGGCGCGUGUCGCUGACGAACGCGUCACGGACCGUAAUUAACUUCUGGAGACUUGGUUAUUGUAAUAUUGUGAUACUGUAAUAUUGUGAUAUUGUAAUAUUGUGAACAUCGAUGUAUUUUUGUGUGUACUAAGAAGUCGUUUCUUUACCUUUCCAGAUGUUUUACAUGCGUGUAAAUAUCCUUUGAAAGAACAGAUGAGUUGCUUAAAUAUGUUAAAGUGCAAUUUUCAUGCGAUUUU